AAGAAACGACCAAAAAAAAAAAAGUUUAUUCUGUCUUCUCCACUGAUUCUUCUCUUCUUCUUCUUCUUCUUCUCGGAUUUCACAACUGAGAAAUCAAAAAUACAUAGGACAAUAUAGUACACUAGCUUUAAAUCUUGUGCACGAACAAGGCAACAAGCAAAGAAUCUUGUGCGUUGACGCCUCUCCUCUUUAAUCUUUUCCCAUUACAGAAGCAACAUACUUGGCAGCCAGUCAUGACUGCCGACACUACAGAACCGAGUUAUUGGUUGAACUGGAGGUUCUUCUUUUGUGCUUUAUGGCUGUGUUCAACUAUGGUAGCUUCAUCCAUAUUGAUAUGGAAAUAUGAAGGGUUUAACAAAUCAAGCUCUAGGAGAAGAGAGCAUGAGGUAGAAACAUCAGGUUCUUUGUAUGAGUAUGAAUCUUGGCAGACUUGUCUUAAGGGAAUCCAUCCUGUAUGGCUACUAGCUUACAGGAUUGUAGCUUUUGUCACUCUUUUCGCAUUGCUUUUCGCCAAUGUUGUACUCGAUGGAGGUGUAAUCUUCAACUUUUAUACUCAAUGGACAUUUACUUUGGUCACACUGUACUUUGCGCUGGGAAGUUCCCUUUCUAUUUAUGGAUGUCGAAAGUAUCAAACUAAAGUUGGUGGGAAUGCAAAUAAUUUCGACGCAGAGCGAGGCACUUAUGUAGCUCCUAGCCUUGGAGAGAGUUCAGAGGCAUCAAAUUUGUAUAAAAAUCUCGAUACCCGUGAAGGAAAUGAUGCUCAUAAAACUGCAGGUGCAUGGGGUUACAUCUUCCAAAUCAUUUAUCAGGUUUCUGCUGGUGCUGUGGUGCUAACCGACAGUGUAUUUUGGCUCAUUAUUUAUCCAUUUUUGACAGCCAAAGAUUACAGCCUGAAUUUUAUGAUUGUUUCUAUGCACUCAAUCAAUGCUUUUUUCCUCAUUGGUGACACAAUAUUGAAUUGUUUGAGAUUUCCUUUGUUUCGAGCUGCAUAUUUUGUGUUAUGGACAGGAAUAUUUGUGAUCUUUCAGUGGAUUGUCCAUGCUUGUGUAUCAACCUGGUGGCCCUAUCCAUUUCUUGACUUAUCAUCCCCAUAUGCUCCUUUAUGGUACAUCGGAGUUGGAUUGAUGCAUGUUCCAUGCUAUGGCAUUUUUGUUUUGAUUGUUAGGAUUAAAAAGCUCUUGCUGUUGAGAUCAUUCCCGGAGUCUUAUCAGUGUGUGAGGUGAGGACUUAGGAGGAGAAGCUUGUUAUGUCACCAUAGCUUUUGUCAUAAUUAUAUAUAUAACUAAUAGGAGAAGAAAAUUUGUAUCUCUGCAAGUUUUCCUAUCACUCUUAUGGCUAUACUCUAUGGUUCACCUUCACCCAAAACAUUCCAGCAGAAAAAGAAGAAAAAGAAAAAAGAGAAAGGAAAGCAUUACAUAUUUUGCUUAUAGAAAAAUUCAUUUAUCAAUUCUUGAAUUAGAAUCUGUACUCAACUGUAGGUGAUUAUGAAUACAAUUACACAAGCAUAUCUUACCAAUAAAAUAUACACUUAAUUAGAUUACUAA